GACGGGGCGCCCGGAGCGGCUCCGCGGGCAGCGGAGACAGCAGUAACAGGAGCAGCAGUAGCAGCAGCAGCAGCACCGCCGCCGCAGCGCCGAUCGCCCAUCGCCGGCCAUGGGGUUUGGCCGCCCGCCGGCCUCUCGCGCCCCGCCGCUGCGAACUGCUCUAUAUGGCUUAAAUGGACAUCAAAGUAUGUUUCUCAGCUGGAAUAUACAUCCCCUAAUGAUCUGAUCCUUGGUGAACUGUCUACAAGAAAAGAAAGAACACGGUCUGCUUUUUACAGUUUGGGUACUGCACAGAAGACCUGGAAUGUGAAAGGAUAAGGAUCUGUCUUUGUUGAAGCCAUAGUGGAAGAGAUUUCCAAGCACCGUGAAUAGGGAAAAGAAAUACCCAGCUCUGCCUUUUUUUAAGUGUGUCUGGGAAAAACGAAUCUUCUUCCCCUAUGGACGGAGGUACUGCAGUUGUAGGUAUAGCCUAGGCCCCAGGUGGUGAGCAGCCCCGAGAGGACUAGCAGCAGCCUGUCCGUGUUGCCUUAGCUUUCCCCCCACGUCGUGCUCCACCAGCACCAAGAUGGUCACCGUCAGGAAAAGGAAUGUGAAGGUCUUCACAUUCGCCUUCGUGCUCAUCACAGUGACGUCGUUCCUGCUGAACUACAAGCAGCAGGUGACCAUGACCACUUGGGAUCCUAGAUACAUCAUCACUCAGUUUUCUGAGCAAGUCCGAAAACUCAUCAAAUUUCCUAGGAGGCCGUGUAGCUGUAGCACCUGUAUUUCUGAGCUGGGACAUUCCCUCUGGUUCGACCAGAGGUUUAACUCAACUAUGCAACCUUUCCUGACCUCACAAAAUGCCUUGAUCCCAGAGGACAGCUACAGGUGGUGGCUGAAACUGCAAGGAGAGAAAUCUCCGAAGAAUAUUAAUGAUACUCUCAAGGAAUUGUUUGGGAUCAUUCCUGGGGACGGGGACCCACUGCAGGAGCGGGGCACUUUCUCAUGCAGACGGUGUGCCGUCGUGGGCAACUCCGGCAACCUUCGUCAGUCUCAGUAUGGCCAAGAUAUUGACUCCCAUGACUUUGUGCUCAGAAUGAACCGGGCACCCACCAUUGGUUACGAAUCAGAUGUUGGGAGCAAGACCACCCACCACUUUGUUUAUCCUGAGAGCUACAGAGAGCUGGCAGAAAACGUGAGCAUGAUCGUGAUCCCCUUCAAAACCCUGGACCUGCGCUGGAUUGUCACCGCUCUCACGACAGGCACUAUCAACUUCACAUAUGUUCCUGUUCCACGGAAGAUCAAAGUCAAAAAGGAAAAGAUCCUGAUUUACAAUCCAUCUUUUAUCAAAUACGUCUAUGAAAACUGGCUUCAGAAUCAUGGGAGAUACCCUUCCACAGGCCUUCUUUCUGUGAUAUUUGCACUCCAUGUAUGCGAUGAGGUGAAUGUGUAUGGUUUUGGAGCAGACAGCAGAGGACACUGGCAUCACUACUGGGAAAACAACGCUUCAGCUGGGGCUUUCCGACAGACAGGUGUCCAUGAUGGGGAUUUUGAGUUCAAUGUAACUUUGACUCUUGCCUCCAUUGAAAAAAUUAAAUUUUUCAAGGGCAGAUGACCCUAGCCACAGGGACAAGUAGGGGCUGCAAUUUCCAACAUGCAGCAGCACAAAGCUCAGUGAAGAUGAUCUGGAUGUCAGCCAGGUUUGAAGGUGUGAAUCUGGAAUGGAUUCGGAGUGUCACACUGCUGCAAUGCUCACCACAGGGAGCUCAGCUGAGGACCAGCUUCAAUGCUGCACUUGACUUGCUAUCUAUAGAUAGUUGGGAACAACCAGCUGGGAAUAAAUGACAUCCUGACUCACUCCUUAGGCUCUACAGAUUGAUUCCUGAAUUACUGGUGAAAGAUCUACCUGUUGCAAUUUGGGGAAGCUUGGGCGCAGGAACUGCUGUUUGUAUGUCCGUUCUUUCCUUGAGUAAAGCAAGAAAUCCUUGAAGAACAUGGGAAAUGUGUUCUAGGAUUUGACACCUACAGUAGCUCUGAACAUCAUAGUAAGAAUUACCUCAAAGUAAUGAAUUCAGUUCUGCUGUUAAUCUUUUCAAAUUCUCUUCUGUUUCCUCUUUUACUUCUGGUUUUAUGCACUAUAAAGCAAAAACGUGAUGAAGUUGCCUGGAGUAGUAACUGUUUCUACCAUAGCCACAUUUUGCAUUGAUGGCAUCUAGGAAAUGCAGAUCAAAUCACCUAUGAUCAUAUCUUAUUUAUUAUUGCUUCCUAUACAGCCAUAGUAAGAAAGAAAAAAAAAAAAAAGAAUAUUGAAAGCUCCAGAAAAAAAGAAUAAAAAUAAAAGAAAAUUAAGGCCUUUUUAGCCUGUUUAACUGUCUUGUUUAGUUACACAUAACUUUUUAAUUUUUUUGUGAAAAUUACUCCAAAAUGCUUAUUUUUAUUUAAUCAGUUUAAGGUGGAAAGUGGACUGUUUUCUCUUUCAGUCGUUUACAUGUGCCUUUUAUAUUGUGCAAAGAUUUGAUUUUUUUUUUAAUGGUGACAAACGGUAUUUUUUUUUCUU